AUGUCGGGAAAAAAUGAACAUACUUCGGAAAAGGCCGAGUCAAAAAUGCAUGCGAAAAAUCACAAUAAAGAACAAUUGAAAAGUGAAACAAGCAUAUUGAACAAUCAAACGGAGCAACUGAUGUUAGAAGAUGAAGAAAUGCCAACGUAUAUUAGCGUAUCUACACCGUCAAAACGUGAAGAUUCAGAUAUCAAUAAUACAAAAGAGCCGGACAGAAUCCCGAUAGAGGAAGACCACAGUCGAAGUCCUUAUCCUACCGAUGAUCAAGGAGGAGGUAGUAUCUAUGUGUUGUCUUCUGGUGAAGACAGUAAUCACCCAUACAAUGAUGAAGAGGAAGAUGAAUAUGUAGAUAGUGAAGAUAUGGAGGAAAUGGAUCUUGAAAAUGAGCAUGAUAAUACAAUGUUGGAUGAUGAAGAAGAUGAAGACGAAGACGAUGACGAUGAAGAGAAUCCUUUGAGAUUGCAUAAUGAUGACGACGAAGAUAUGGACACAGAAUAUGAAGCAGAAUGUUUUGAUAGAGUGUCUGAUGACUUUGUCUUGAAUAAUAGAUUAAAGCAGCAUCACAAAGAAAGAAGUUUAUCGUUACAAGAUCUAAGUACUUCGAAAAACAAUAUUCAUUCAUCAUAUAAUAAAAAAAGGCAUAGUAUACAACAAAGUCCAAUACUGUAUCCUGUUGCACAAAAAAGGCAAAUGAUGAAAUAUCAACACGUAGAAAGUAAAGUGAAGCAAUACAUAAGAGACAUUAAAGAACAAAAUAGAAAAUCAAUGCAAAAGCGUGUAAAAGAGCAAGAAUUCAUAAUGAAUAAAAAUCAUGAAAAAAGUGAAAACAAUGACCCUGAACAAUUGAAAAUGAAGGUUACAAAUAAAACUAUAAAAGAUUAUGCUGAAAAGGCGAUACAAGAUUUACAACGUGAUGAAACUGAAAAUGAUAAUCUAAUAUACAAUACAGCACAAAUUUUAGAGAAUGGAGAAAAUAACAAAAGCUUUAAUAGAGUCAUUGGAAAUCAAUAUAAAUACAUUCGGAAGGAUUCUGAAUACAAUGAUAUAUCAAAUGAGAAACGUGUGCAAAAUUCUGAUGAUAAACUAGAAAAACGAAAUGGUUCUGUAGAUGUUAAUACUCAUCAUAUUGAAUAUCAAAAUGCUUUAGAGAGAAACAUAAGAUUUGGUAUAAAUCAGUCUUCUCUAGUUAAUGGUCAUCAGGCAACGCCCACAUUUAUUAAUUUACGUACAUUGAGCUAUGAAGAGUAUAUGCGUGGUGCCUCUAAUACCGAACAAAGAGAAGAAUUACCAGAACAAAGACAAGAAAAACCAAAUGAAUCUGAAAUAUAUAAUGAAGCAGAAAUGAUCAGUGCACAAGAGAUUGAUAACAGCAAUACUAGUUACCCUUUGAAAAUUGAAAGCGUUGAAAGUAUCAGCGCAAUGCAAGAUGAACCAGAAAAUUUAAAUUUUGGAAAACUCAAUGCAGUUGAUAAAAUGAAUGUCGACAAAAAUGAAAUAACUGAAUUGAAAAGUCAGCUUGAUCAAAAGGAUGCAGAAUUUCUUAAUUUACAAGAUGCCUAUCAAAAAGUAUUAGCAGAAAAUAUGAAAAUGAAACAAGAAUUAGAUGCUUUAAAACAAUCUUUAGCAAAGUAUAAGGAUCAGAAUAAAACGUGUGAAACGAAAAUUGCAUCAGUACAAACUGAAGCAGUUGCAGAACCUGUUUCUAAUCAAAAUACUGUAAGUUCAGGAGAAACAAAUAAUAAAAUAUCCACUAGUAGUGUUGCAUCUACGAUAAGUUCUAUUGAUCAAUGGGCAGAUAGUGCUGGUAGUCCAGCUAUAUCCAUUAAACUUCCUGAUCUGACCCCAAUUCUUAACUCUGAUGAUAGUAUUGUCCUCACUGAUAAAGCUACUCCAAGGAAGAUAGCACAUCCAUUUUCUCGAACAUUUAUUACUUCAUCUCGAAUUUUGCAAACACUUUCGAAUAUACAGGGAAAGACAAAAACUGAAAGUCCUUUAGUAAGAAACACCAAAAAACAAUUAAAUGAAAAUUCUACAGAUCAAUCAUCAACUGUAGAAUGUAAUUCUCCAAUUCAUGCAUCAGGUUCCAAAAAAAGAAAAGCAACAGAAAUGCUUGGUACUUCUACAUUUACUCAACCUUUUAAGAUACCUCAUACAACUAUAGAAUCUGGGAGAAAAGAUACACCUGAUGUAGAAUUUAAAUAUCCUGAGGAUACCCAUAUAGUAUCAAACUCUGGACAAAAAAAAAAGGGAUCAGUCAAUAAAGACAUCAGUUCAAUUGAUCAGUCAAUCAAUGCUUUCACGCCUGUAGAAACUAAGGUAGAACAGAGAGACGAUCAGGAAGACAGUGUAAAAUGUUUCAUAUAUAGGGAAGAUGAAAAUAGUAAAAAUAGAAGUUUUUUAAUUCAGGCAGAAGAACCUAUAAAAGAUGGAUUAGACACUGAAAAGAAUCGAAUUCAAGAAUGUGGUCCAUAUUUGUUAGGUAAUCUUGAAGUAAGAAUGUCUGAAAUAAAUGGAACAAUUAGUGUUUGGGGUAAAGAAAUAGAUCAUGAAUCUACAAGUGACAAUGAGGAUGAUCUGGAAGUCUGUGAAAAAUCACCUGAACAAAAAGUGUGUCAUUAUUGGCAAAAUGCAUCACAAACGAGAUUUAACGGAAGUCCACUUGUGUGUUCGACUAAUAAAAAGCAGAAAAUUCCAAGUGACAAAUUCAAUAGGUCCAAUAUUUCUCAAUGUUGUCAUUCUUUAUCAUUAAAUUCAACAAAAAUAUCUUGCUCUGAAGAUGAUAUAAAUGACAAAAGACAUAUAAAUAAUUCUUUCAACCCAAGUGUUCCUUCCUGUGAGAACUGUAAUUCUUCAAAACAUCACAAAGAAUGGACAUGCAGAAAUGCGCCAAGUUCGCAAGAAAAAUUACAUUCCUGUUGUAUGCAUCAUAUUGAAGUCAUAGAUAAAGAAUGUAGUUGUAGUUCAUAUCAUGAGAAACAAAAACAUGAUGUUAGCUUUAAGCAUUGUAAAGAUAAGUUUCACAGCAAAGAAGUUCGAAGGAAUUCAUGCAAAAAUACAUUUACAUUAGAUUUGAAAAAUUCUUUACAUGAAAACAGUAUGAACAACACUGCCGAACUGAAUAAUGUAACUAGUAAAUAUCAUGCGUGUCGAUGUUCAUUUCAAAAUGUAGCGGAUAAUAGACCACAUUCAAGAUGUUGCAGCCCUAUUAGAGAUAUUUCAUGUACUUGUAAAUCAUCCUUGGACAAUACAAAUAAUCAUUCGGACGCAAUACUAAGUAAUCAUGAACAUUCUGACAAACACACAUGUAAUCACAGUUUUUCAAAUAAUGGUGAAGAAGAACCUCUAAUUCCAAUUAAACGAUCUAGUGAAACGCUUGAAACAAGACAACGAAGACUAAGUGGUAAAAGAGUAAGAGGAAUUCUUAUGGAUCUUCUAAAAGGAUGUGGAGAUUGCCGUAAUAAUAGUUCUACUGGUUUAAGUAAAGCUGAAUACCAGAAAGAAACACCUUAUAUGAUAAAUGGUCCUCCACGAAUUAAGGUUUCAUCUCCUAUACCCAAGCCUACAUGUUCUACUUCUACACAAUGCAACAAAUGUUGUCAUACAUAUGUACACCGAAUUGAGUCUCAACUUGAAGAAUUUCGAAUGGAAAUGGAAAGAGUAAGAUCGCGAUCUGACGCAAUAUUAAAUAUGCUCAAUAUACUUCACUCCGUGGAUGCGAAUUAA